AUGGGAGACGUAAAUAUUCUAUCACGGUUGAAGUGCUUGAAGAGUGUAGGCCUGCAAAGUCCAAAAUCGCUUACUAAUCAACCAACCAAUACUCUGGCGAAAUUAAAUUCUUAUCAACGAAUAUCUUGUAAUACCUUAAUGGUAGCUGAUCAAGAAGAUUCUACGCAGGAUACAUCAGUUAACCCAAUUAAAUUAAUAUCUAACAUAGCUCAUGGUAGCAGUCUACCACAUCUACCUGUUAUAACACAAAAUGACUUGAUCACUGACAAUGAACUGUCAACAACAUCAAUGUCAACAGCAAUCCCUUGUUACAAUUUUAAUCAUCCUAAUGGAUUUCGUACAACAUCAUCAUACAGAAGGAGGAGAUUUAAUCCUAAAUAUCAAAAGAAAAAUGGAUUUCAAGCGAAUAAGUUGAAACGUCCCACACACCGGCACUUAAACUCAACUCCAGUUAAUUAUUAUCAUCUAUUGCCUUCAUGGGACCGUUCAUCUAAAUCACUAACUACGCAGAUUAAUAACACUGACAGACAGGAAGAUAAGAAUGAUGAAGAAAUAUGUGGACAACAGCAGCAACAAACGACGCGCUCAUCUCCAAUACUGCCUCCUCCUCCAACGCCACCUCCAUCAACACUGCCAUUCUCUUCAUCUUCACCACCAUCCACAUCACAUGAACUGGGGGAUUCAAUGAAAUCUCGAAGAAAGUGUUAUACAGCUGCAGUCAAAACUUUUACUAAUAACAGUGUGACUGCACGUAACACAACAAAGAACAGUGGAGUUGUCAGUAAUCAUAGGUUAUACCCAACUGAUAAUGGUCCCAGUAACUAUGAGGCCUUUUUACUAAACGAAUUUUUCACUGUCCUAAAUAAAGAUAGUCAUGACGAAAAGAGAAAAAUUACAAGCUAUGAACGGAUGCAUUUAACAAAUUGUCCAAUAAUUGAUUCAAAUGAAAUAUGCCGCCUAUUAAGUUUUCAAUGUAAUCGUAUUCAUCGUAUAGAGAAUCUACAAAAUCUGACAAAACUUGUCUAUUUAAAUAUAUCAGCAAAUCAGCUGACAUCAAUCAGUGGUUUAGAAACACUUUAUUCCCUACGGAUAUUAUUAUUAGGACAAAAUCAAAUAAAACGUAUAUGUGCAUUAGAUAAUUUAUAUAAUUUAAAUGUACUCGAUUUAAAUCAUAAUCAAAUAAGAACUAUUGAAAAUUUAUCCCAUUUGACAAAGUUACGCUCAUUAAAUUUAUCCUUUAAUUAUAUUACCUCAGUGAAUGGUUUAUCCGGGUUAACAGCAUUAACUGAAUUGAACUUGAGACAAAAUAAUAUACUACGUGUUGAACCGAUAGAAAAUGUGCCUAAAUUGGCUUGGGUAUUUCUAAGUUUUAAUAAUAUUGAAAGAUGGUCUCAGAUCAGUGGUCUAGCCAGUUUAAAUUCAUUUGCACAAGUUACACUAGAUGGGAAUCCUAUUGUAGCCGAUCCAAAUUAUCAUAAAAUGAUAUGUAAUGAUAGAAGGAUUACAAGUGCUAACCAUAACAUCAAUUUUUCAGGAAACAAAACAGUAAAACUCAAAUGUAUCAAAUCAUCAAACGUAAAGAAUAAAACUAAACAGUUAUCCCCUAUUAAAAAUGAAACAAACAAUAGAAUUCGUAUGGAUGAAAAUUGUCGGAAAUCUACAGCGCCAAGAUUAUCACUAUCAUCGUCAUCACCAUCAUCAUCAUCUGGAAAUGAAGAGUGUUUACAAUCUGGACUACAGUUAACACCGACAACCUUUGUAGAUAGUUUAUCAAAUCACUUAAAAGGGAAUGUGAAUUCUGAACAAAAUAAAAAUACACUAGAAAUCAAUGAUGAAAGAAACCCUACAACAGAAUUCACUAAGAAUCUUGAAAAAUUAACCGCCAAAUUAUGUAAUCGAGAUGAAUCAAUAGUACUUAGGUCAGAAAACUGCCAAAGCAAUGAAAGCAAUCCAGCAUUUCAUCUAAAGAAAUCUUUUAAUCAACAUAAAUUUGAUACAUUCAGACUGUCAACAUCCCAGUCCACUUCUUCUUCAACGCUGACAUCAUCUACACCACCGUCAAGAAGUGAAGGAGAAGAUGAAGACAAUGAAGAAGAGAAAGGUGUAGUGAGAAUACAUGAAAAUUUAAAUAAUAAUAAAAAAUACAAAUGUAAUAGUGAUAUAAGUAAUAAGAGAAAGAAUAAAGUGCUCUUCUGUAAAUCAACUGGAACAUUGACUAAUGAAAGUUAUUUACUGUUGUCAAAUCAACUGGCAGAUAAUUCAUUAUUGAAAUAUACUUAUUACUUUACUGAAUGGAAUCACUUAAUAAUUGAAGGAUAUUAUGUUAGUGAGGAUAUAGAGAGUGUUAAUCGUCCAGAUGACGAUAUUACAAAUUCUCUAAUUAAUGACAUCACCAAGAAAAAUGCCACUGUUUUUGACAAUUUCUCUCAAUUAGUGAAUGACUUACAAAAUAUAAAAUCAAAUAAUACUACUACUAGUAGUAGUAAUAAUAAUGUUAAUGAUAAUAAUAUACCAGCAGAUGUCAGCAUUAAUGGGUUGAUCAAAUCGUCGCAUUUUGAGCAUAUUGAUAUGUUAACUAUUCGACAUGUGAAUUGGGAUGUAUUUGUAAAGUGGAUACCGACAAUUCAUGAAUUACUACCGGAAUUAAAGGAAUUAAAUUUAGAAAGUAAUGGACUUAAAUACUUACAUCAAAUUCUUGAUCUCACCGCAUUUGAACAAUUGAAUGCACUACGGGUUAAUGGUUCAGAUGGUAAUCCAAUUGUUGAACAAUCUGGUCAACUAUGGCGUCCAUUUGUUAUCUGGAGUCUUGGGGAUAUUUUAAAGUUAUCAUUUCUAAAUGAUGAAUUAAUUAAACGGAAUGAGAUAAACGAAUCAGAAAGUCUAUUCAAUUCAUUUUAUGAAAGACUACAAUUACGCAAUACUGACUGUAUGUCAUUAAAUCAAAUAAUUCAUAAAAAAUUACAAAAUAAAUUUAAAGCGGAAAACUCCAGUACUGCAGUAGAUCUAAUGAGUAAUAAUGCUUCAUUGAAUGAGAUGUCGAAAACAAAAGAAUUAUUGAUGAAUUCCCAGCCUACAUCAUCCUUAUUAUCAACAACAAAUGAGAAUAUAUCUAAUAAUACAUGUACAUUGAACCCUGUCACUAAUAUUGCCAUAGCAACUAUUACUAGUCAUAACAACACUUUAUCACAAUUUGGUUCUCCACUGUCAGGUAAAUGGUUAGGCACUGACAACAUGAUGAAUAAAGACUGUUCAAUGGAUUCAAUAAAAAAUUUAUCAAUUCAAUUGAUGAAUACAUAUGAGAAUUCAAUGUAUGAAAUUAAAGAAAAGAAAAAUAAUAUAAUUCAUAAUUUAUCUAAAACAUUACAUCAGACGGAGAAUAUGGAUUGCGAAACGCGUUUACUUGAAGAAAAGUUAUCUAGACAACAUUAUCUCAUUAAAAUUUGGCCAAACAUCUUAAAGCGGCUUAUUCAGCAAGCAAUGAAUGAUUCAUAAUAAUGCUACAUACAGAAAUGAGCAAACUACUAACCAUUUGUAGUUAGUAGUAAGCAAAAUUGGAGUGAUGUAAUAUAGACAAAUAAAUAUUUUGCAUAGUACUUUAUUUUUCUGGAACAGAAUACUAUUACUUACACAUAAAUGCGUGAAUGAAUUCGUCAGAAUCAACUCAGGACUCUGAUUCGAU